ACGUCGUGCUGGUCGUGAUUUAAAGAUGGCCCCCAUGGCCCCCAGUUGAGAGCAGUCAAGAGAUACGCAGUGGAUGCCCGGUGUGAACAUUGGUUUGGAUAUCGUUCGUCUCAUCUUGCAGUAUAGUGAACUCGCAUUCGAGGCGAUAGUUUCGUCUCUUCGUGAAAUCGCGGACUGUACUCGGCGAAGAAAAAACGAUCGGGCUCGAGAAGAUGGGCCGGUCGCGUUCCCGAACGAAAUCGCCGAGCAGACGGCGUCACAAGAGCAAGCAUUCGAGGAAGCGAUCCAAGUCGCGCGAGAAGCACUCCAACAACAAGUACUCGGAAAAGCCGAAGGAGCGUAGCUCCAAGUCCAGAAAGCGAUCUCAUUCUGCAUCGUCCAGCACUGGCUCCGAUGUAUCAGAUGAUGUGCAUAUCGUCAGUCACAAGAAACGCUCAUAUAGGGACAGGGAUCGAAAAAUGGACGAGGUGGAAAGGCUGGCGGAAAUGGAGCGUCAAAGGAAAAAGAAAGAAUUAAUGAACAAAAUCUUCACCACGAGCACAGUUGGUGCUCUGGAAGAAGCUCGCUGCUUGUCUGUCUGCAGACGUCAACGUGAAGUGGAGCAGAAGAUGGUAGAGGAAGAAGCAGCCAAGCGUAUAGAAGAACUUGUACAAAAGAGGGUGGAAGAGGAGCUUGAGAAACGUAAGGAGGAAAUUGACGCGGAGGUGCAAAGGCGGGUGGAAGAAGCCAAGAGGGCUAUGGAACGUCAAAUGAUGGAGGAGAUGGAAUGGAGACAAGCGAAACUACGUGAGGAGGAGAAACGAAGAGAGGAAGAAGAGCGGAAGAAGCGUGAGGAACUAGAGAGGAUUAUGGAGGAGAACAACAGAAAAAUAGAGGAGGCUCAGAAGAAAUUGGCUGAGGAAAGAUUGGCCAUGGUCGAAGAGCAACGGUUAAUGGAAGAAGAAAGGCAAAAGAUGAGGAAGGAACAUGAAAAGCGUGUUAAGGAGGAGCAAAAGAGGAUCUUAGGCAAGAAUAACUCGAGGCCUAAGUUAUCCUUUACGCUAAAAUCGGUUACGUAAGUUUAGUAUUUGUAUUGUUUCAUGCAGUUUUACAUGUGAUACGUAUACGAAAUCUUGUCAGCUUUCGUACUUGAUUCGCGAGAACGGUUAUAUAGACUGUAUCUAUAUAGGUAUGUAGUCGUACCUAUGUAGAUACAUAAAUAUAAGUACAGUAAUAUUAAGACACAAAGCUCACCCUAAUGUAUUCAUAACGAUUGUUGAAAUCAAACAAGAGUGAAUUUUAUUUGAUUAUGAUGAUAAAAUACAUCAAAAUGAAAUAAUCGGUUUUCAUCUUGUGAGAGUUCAACACAGAUACAGAUGGGAUUUCAUGUUACAUAAGAUUAUGCUGACAUCAGUACAAACGAAAAAAUACAAGUUUUUAAUAUACAACUGUUAUAAUACUUAUAUUAGUGCUUUUAACUUAUCCACCAAUUUCAAAUUUAUAUAUCAUAUUUUUUUGUGUAAAUAAUUUUGUUUUAACUGAUGUGAGCAUAUUCUAGUCCGUUUAGACAUGAUGAUUUAUACAUCCUACUUGUACAGCGCAGGUCCUUUAUUUGCAUCUCGAUGUGUAAAAAAAAGAUCACGAUCUUAUUUCAGUGAGAUAAAUCAUAUACACAUAGAUCAUGUUGCAAUAACAGCAUGUGAAUUGUUUAUAUCAUUAAAUUGGCCGAAUGGAAUUUAUUAUGGAUAAUACGAUCAUACUAUUUUUCUUGAACAAUUGUCUUUUUUUACAUAUAACUUUGAAACAUGAUAACAUAUGUUAAAGAUUUUUUUUGGAAAUACUGUACUACAAAAUCCAAAAUAGCUAUUUUACAGUUAUAAGUUUAUACAUACUAUCUAAAAAAAUAACUUAAAUUAUUUCGAUCUGAGAAUAUAUUUGCAGAGUAUAUUUAUCCUGCAAACUCGUAACAUAAAAUAAUAUGUUUUACGAUAAAAAAAUCAAAUCACGAUUUUAAAAAUUGCAAAAACCUGAGUGAUUUUGUACGUGAAUGAUGAAUGUCAACAUGGAGCGUGACAAAAUCCUAUCUUAAUCGUGUAAUAAUGUGUACGCAUCGUUGCGAAAAAGAAAAACAUUUUGUCUAUAUAGGAUUGUAUACCUACGACAUUGUUACUUGUAACAUAAACACGUUUUUAAUAAAUUACUGCCCUGUAA